AUGAGUGCUCGUGCUGGUGAAGUUGAUGCUACAGUAGCAAUUGCCGGUAUUAACAGCCCCGUUAAACCUGCUACGACCACAUUCGAUUCGGUUAAAACUGGUGCUGCUAGCGUUGAAAGUACUGUUGGCAAUGCAAUAGAGAAUGCGAUCGAGAAUGUUGAUAAUGAGGAUGAAAAUGCUCCUCCAAAGGAAUCAAUUGUUCCUGCUAAGACUCAGGCUAGGAGGUUACCUCCUCCCAACAUUUCUGGAUCUAUAGGUACGGUUCCUUUAGAAGCUGUUCAUGUAAAUGAACUUAAAAAGGCCCCUUCGAGAGAAAAGAAUCUCUAUGAUACCUCUUUAGAUGUCACAAAGAAAAGUGGCGGUGUCACUAACCAAGAGAAACUGUCAAUAAAGGAAAUGAUUAAUAAAGAAUCACUCGAUACAUUUUUCCCUUGGAGAGAAAUCGGUGAGUUUAAUUCUUCUGGUAAGAACAAAAAUGUUGGUAACAAUUCAAAGGCUAUUAAGGACUAUAUCAUCGAAACUUUUUUCAACGAUUGGUGGCACGAUGCUUCACCUAUCAUAGGAACAUGUUUCUUCUCAUGGUUAUUUGCCUAUUAUGGGUUCUCUUGGUGGUCUCUAAUUCUGAUUUUCUCAUGUACUGCCUCUGUCUACAGUCUUGAGUAUUCUCGUUUUGCAAGAAAUUUAAGGGAUGAUUUAAAAAGAUCUAAUGUUAGUGAAACUAUAUCUAAAAAAAGUGAAAGUUCUGUAUGGUUAAAUACUUUGCUAUCCAAAAUUUGGCUUAUCCAUAUGCCUGUUAUCUCAGAACAGGUAAUGGCCCAAGCAAACCCAAUUUUGGCCGAAUCCGCUCCCGGAUAUGGUAUCGAUUCAUUGAGUUUGGAAGAAUUUACCUUGGGUUCUAAGGCGCCAGCUAUUAGAAGCAUCAAGACAAACUCAAAAAGUGGUAAAGAUAUUACCGAACUGGAGUUAUCAUUUGCUUUUACUCCCAGUGAUGUUUCUGAUAUGACACCAAGAGAAGUUAGAGAAAAAGUCAACCCUAGAAUUGUUCUGGGUGUCACUUUGGGUAAAAGUUUUGUAUCAAAGACAGUCCCAAUUAUCGUUGAGGAUAUUAACGUCUCUGGUAGAGUUCGUUUAAUUACAAAGUUUGGUCAAACAUUCCCUAAUAUAAAAACAGUUUCUGUACAAUUAUUAGAAGCUCCAAUGAUUGAUUUCGCAUUAAAACCUAUAGGUGGUGAUACCUUAGGUUUAGAUGUCAUGUCAUUUUUACCUGGUUUGAAAUCUUUCGUGAAGGGUAUGGUUAAUUCUACCAUUGGUCCAAUGAUGAUUGCUCCAAACAAGUUUGAUAUCGAUAUUGAAGAUAUAUUAGCCGCACAAUCUAAUGAAGCUAUCGGUGUUAUUGCAGUUAGUAUUUAUUCAGCGUCACAUUUGAAGAGCUCCGAAUUUAUUGGAAAUACUGUUGAUCCAUAUGUUGUCUUAUCAACUUCUUCAACUGUACAGGGAUCAUCAAAUACCGUUAGAACAUCAAUUAAAUCGGAUGUUAAAGAUCCUCGUUGGAAUGAGACUAAAUAUAUGUUGGUCAGUACUUUGGACCAAAAAUUGACCUUUCAAUGUUAUGACUUUAAUGAUCUGCGUAAGGAUAACAUAAUUGGUGAAUUUGAUCUAGACCUAUCUGAAUUGCUACAGAACCCUACAAUUGAAAAUGCAUCAUCGGUUUUGAGAUUAGGUGUACAAAGUAGAGGUACUUUACAGUACGCCAUUAAUUGGUUCCCUGUAAUAAAAGACAGUGAAUCCGAGCGUGUUAAGUCUCUCCAACAAUCUAAAACAAUGGUUUCCUUUUCUGAUGACGAAGAUAUUGAAAAUGAGUCGGAUGAAGAAGACCUUAAGGAAAAGGAAAUCGAUACCAAUGUUGGUAUUUUAAAAUUUACAUUAGAGAGUAUCAGAAGUUUGGAUUUAAGUUAUGCAGUUGGUGGAGUUAUCAGUCCUUCUGCAGAAUUAAGAUUAAAUGGUAGAUUAGUUAAAAGAUAUAGAACUUUGAAGAAAACUAAUGAACCAUCUUGGAACGAAACUAUUGAAUUAUUUGUGAAUUCCAAAAGCAGCAGUGUUUUGGAAUUGACAGUUUUCGAUGAGAGAUCAAAAAGGAGAGCAGUUUUAUGCUCCAUCAAGGCCUCUCUUGCAACUUUCUUCGAGGUUAUUUCCAUUGGUCAAGAUUAUAUAAAUGCCUCUCCUAAGGGUCAAAUAUAUUUCUUCGCACAAUGGAAACCUGUAGAUUCUCACGGUUCCAUCAUUUCCACUUCAGUGCCAAAGACACCAAUCGGUGCUCUUAGAUUCCGUAUUCAUGAUGCCCUUGUUAAGGAUUCCUUAAAGGGUGUCGGUGACAUUGAUCCUUAUUUCAACUUAUUGAUUAAUAACCAAAUUUACUAUCGUUCUAGAUACAUCUCUGAAAAUAAGAAUCCUUCAUUCGAUACUACUGUAUAUUUGCCAAUAACUUCCGAAAACGAUGUUAUCGCAUUGUCUUUGUUUGAUUAUCAAAAUGUAGGUAAAGAUAGAUUUAUUGGUAGAAUUCAAUUUCAUGCUGAUAAAUUAAUUGAAGCUGCAAUUAAAAAGGAAAAUAACAACCUUGCCUCAACUGAAAGUGAAAAAUGGGUCUUAAGAGAUUUACGCAACAGGGCUACAAAUGAUCAUGUAAAUGUAGCAGUCGGUUAUAUUCCAAUCAUACCUGUAUUUUCUCCAACUGAACUUGAACAUGUCAAUGAAUUGGAAAAGGAAAUGAGGGAGAAGAAGGAAGCAAUGGAUAAAGAGCAAAGUAAAUUAAAGGAAGAAAUGGAAAAGAAACCUUCCGAUUACGAAAUAGUGGAGAUACCUUAUCCAUUUGAAGAUACAGAAAAGGAAAUAGCUUCUAAGAAGAAGUACACUUAUGACGAAUUAGUACAUUCCGAAGCGGGUAUCAUAACAUUCGAAAUUAUCAGUGGUACUCUUUCAAGUCCUACUUCCUUCUUACAAAUAUUAGUUGACGAUGUAUUUUUCCCGGCUUACACAUCAUCAAGGUCAAAGAAUGGUAAAUUAUCAAAGGAUUCAGGGUUUGCAUUUAUUCGUGAUUUGGCAAAUAGUACUGUCUUAGUAAGAAUAUCGAGAAAACAAAUAGUUAAAGACAAGGAAAAUAUUAUAGCUGAGUUUAGCAUCAAAACAUUAAAACUACUAAAGAAUUCUUACGAACAACCUUAUAGUUUAAAUGUUGCUGGAUCUAUAUUUAGUAUAAGGUGUUUAUUUGACCCUUCCUCUAUGCCAAUGCCUUCAUGUGAGAAAGUCGGUGAUACUGGUAUGCUGAAAUUAGGUAUUAUCUCCGGUACGAACUUAUUAGCAUCUGACAGAAAUGGUAAGUCUGAUCCGUAUGUUGAUAUUUUGGUAAACAACCAUAAAGUAUUCACCACUGAGAUUAUUAAGAAGACUUUGAACCCUGUUUGGAAUGAAACUGCUAUGAUUCCAAUUCCAUCAAGAAAAUACACUAAAAUUAUUGCCGAUGUUUAUGAUUGGGAUCGUGCUACUGAAAAUGAUCCAUUGGGUUAUACCCCUGUUGAGAUUUCUCAAAUGGAAUCAAAUAAGCUCUAUGAAUGGGACUUAGUUUUGAGUACCCAAGGUUCAAUAAAGGUUACUGCGGAGUUUGUUCCACAAUAUAUCAGACCAAUAAUGGAGAUCCGUGAAGUAAAUAAAAAGAAGCAGUCUUUGAAGGCAGUUGGUAAUGUUGCCGGUGCAGGUUUAGGUGCAGCAACUGGUGGUGUACACGUUGGUGGUAAGAUUUUGAAGAAGGGUAUUAAAGGUGAAUUUAACUCGAAGGAAAAGGACAUGUCAGAGGAGAUGGAGACAGCUCAGCGUAUAUCCAUUGAACAAGAACGUGCAGUUCCAGAUCUAAGUUAUGCUCCUAUUCCUGAAAAUACAUUAGCACAACCUCCUACCCCAUCAUCACCAACAAGAAGCAAUCUUGGUGUCCCACCUGGACAUACUAGAAACCCAUCUGCUGCAAGCAGUUUUGCAAGAACACUAGCUCCAAAUGGUACAUACAGAGGUAUUGUUACAAUCUUAGCUACGGAAAAUUUAAGCAAGAACGUUCAAGUUAAAGUAUCAUUGACGCAAAAGGGUAGAAUGAAGUCUUUGUUCAAGACAAAACCGCAAAAGACUGAUGACGAUGGAAUUGCCCAUUUCAACGAAAACUGCGAGUUCAAAGCUUCACCGGAGGCCAAUUUGGUAUUUGGUGUCGUUGCUCACCAUAAAUUAUCUAAGGAUAGAGAUUUAGGAUUAGCUCAAAUCAACCUUGGUGAUCCACAGAUCCAAAAUGAAGGUAAUAUUGCAAUUAAGAUUGGUGAGGGCCGUAUUAUUGUCAAGAUUGAUUACGGACACGAUGGCGAUGCUUCUGACAUUCCUCCUGUUCCAAAGAUCCCCCAAGAACAUAUGUCUUGA